GCCUGCGCAGUUCGUAGGUGUGCGCAACGGUUUUUCCCGACUCUUGUUUUUGAUAGAAGAGGACUAAAAGCGGAGAUGGCGAGUCCCACUGUUUGUUUAAUUGUUCUUCUGUUUGUCGCCGAGUCGACGACAAAGCAACUAAACACGGAAAAUAUCCUGAUUAACGUAACAGCAGGAACCCUGACAGACACCGAGCUGCAGCAGUCCAACAGCUUACAGAUAAAUUUAAACAUAUCAGUGGGUGAAGAGCAGGUGCUGGUCAAUGAGAUCCCGGUGGAGCUUUCAGGUGUCACUCGGUUCAACUGCCAGGCUCUUCUCUUGGACAACAGUAAUGGGACCAGUGACUUUGACUCGGGGGACCUGGUGUCAGCCGUUACCCGGGUGAUGGUGAGCCAGAACCGGCUGUACAGCGACUCAGACGAGGUGGUGGCCCUGCAGGUGUUCAGUGAAGUGAUUGAGUUGGAUGGAAAAGAGGUCCACCAACCUGACAUGUGUGAGGUGAAAAUCCUGCUGAGCCCAGAGUUCCAGAAGCUGGCCCAGUUCACCAACGUCUACCCCAUCGGACACAGCGAGAUCUUCAGGAUCCCCAGAGAGAACGACGUGGUCGUCACGGAUCCUCCCAACUUCAGAAGAGACGAGGAGCAGCUGGUGUCCCAGACCACCAGCCAGUACCCCCACACAGAGCGCCACUCUGACACCACGCAGGAGGAGGCGGCGGCUCCAGGGAAGCUUCCCGAAACGCCGCUGCGGAUGGAUCCCGACCUGCUGUCCGACGUCACGUACGGGGAUGAGUUUGACGACCUGGAGCCGAGCCCGACGGGUCAGAAUGAGAUGAGCAGCCCACCCAAGGAAGUGACAUCAUCGUAUUCGGUUAUGUGUGAGUGGGUGGAGGAGGCCAGGGAGCGCCUGCGCCACUUCUGCUACGAGUCGCUGCCCCUCUUCUUCCUGGUCAUGUGGGUGGUUGUGAUCGGUGUGGCCGGAUCGGCGUUCAUCGUCAAGAUCCUGGACUUGUUCUUCCCAGCCUGCGAACACAAGCACAUUUUCCAGAUCAACCCGGCCACUCUGAUGCCGGAGGAGGAGAAGGUCAACCUGCUGGAGAGCAUGGAGGUGCAGGUGGAGGCAGAGGCGGAGGCAGCUGGGGAAGAGAAGCAGCCCUGAAGCGGCUCAGCCCGGCCCAGCUCCAUAAAGCUCCUUUUCGUUCUGAUUUCGUUUGGUUCUGUUCCCUGCUUCCAUUCAGACCCGUGAUCCACUCUUAUGGUUUCACUUCAGUUAACUGUUCCGACACCUGAUGAAAGCGCCAGUCCCCCACUUCAACCACCAAGCAGCGAGGGAGAGAGCGCACAUCUCAUCCUGCUGUCCAAACAUGGGGGAGGAAUCAACGUUCACUCAGAAUAUCGUUUCAAAUAUUUCACUGCUUUAAAAGGAAGCUCACCUGCUUCCUUAUACAAAAGCUAGAUGCCUGUUUGUUUGGUCUUUUAAUGACAAACCUCGAGAAUAAGAGUUUGUUUUUUCUUUAAAUUAAACAUUAGUUCAAGAUGGUUUCCCUCUUCCCAUGUUUGUCAGGUUAGCAUAUUUGUUCUGUAAACAAGGCAAACAGAUCCUUUAAAGCCAGAGUUAAAUCAGGCAAAUUUAAAGCACAAAUAAAAUAAAAAAAAAAAAACAGCAAUUAUAUGAUACCAAAAAUAAUCUUUCUUUUUAAGCAAAUAGCUGAUGUGCAGCACUGUACCAACAGAAAAAAGACAGAUGCACCUAUCAGGCUUUUCCUGAGUCACCAGUUUUGGUCUGAACUGCUGAUUCAUUUCAUUUUUCUAAAUAUUGUGACAAAAACAAGGGAGGGGAAAAACAGGUGUUGGAGGUUUUUCAUAGUGACUUAGUUAUGCAUGUAUGCAAAACAACAUAUUUGUCUCUAAUUUUUAUUGAGCUGAAAAAAAUCCAUGUGUAGACUGACAGUUGUGAUGCAUUUAAAAAAAAAUCCUCAUCAACUGGAAACUGAUUGGUGCAUCAGUAGAGGAGUGUUUAUUUCCCAGCAGGCUGCUCUUCUGUCGCCCUUUAACUGAAACAACGCAGCACUUGGAGAACCUAUGCAGAUCAUUUCCUCGGCAUGUUUUAUGUCACAAUUUAGAAACAUUUGAACUGAAUGUCGUUAGAAAAGGAAGCGCCUCCCUGUCAAGCCUGCUGCACAUCAGUGAGCUUGUCGAUUGUUCUUCAGUGCCUCUGUGGGGCGGGAUGGGGGUGUUACUUAUGUACAGGGAGGGAGCAGCGCCUGUGUGGCACUGCAAGCACCACUUAGUGCUGCUUACGUUGAAGAAUGUAAAUGAAGUAGCUCAUAAUGUUCCUGCACGGUGGACACAAACAGAGCUGCUGUUUCCCAAACAGAUGGAACCCUGUGGAAAUGCUGACUCUGCACUUUGUUUUUUGUUUUUUUCUUCUUUUUUUUCUAUUUGCCUGUAGAAACUGGACGGAUGUGGCUGAUCUCAUCACGUUCUGUAAUCUAGAGUGCCUCAGAUCAUCCAUUUCUUCUGAUCACUCGUUCGAUCUGGCUGUUGUAAACUUCACUCUUGAUUCUCGUCCCACUUUUUUAGAAGGAAGGUUUUUACUCCUGAGAUCAGCUGAGAUCAAGACUGGCCUGGAGUCAAACAGCAGAGUGCAUGAUGUCUGUUCAUUAAAAAAAAAAAACAUGCAUGUCAGUCCGUUCUCAGCUGCAUGAUGACUCGAUGCCACUGGAAGCAGCUGCAGCCCCACGCAGACUGUAGAUCAGCUCUUAUGGCAGGCAGCGAGCUUUAUGAAGAAUUGAACAUAUUUGAGCUUCGGCUUCUCUAUGAAUCCAUGUGUUACAUGUUUCCACUGCAAAUGGAUUGUUUUGAGGUUGGAAUGUUAGCUUAAUAAAUGCUUUCCUUACAAACCAA